AUGGCGCGUCACAACCUCGCGGAGGCCUACCGCUCGAGCGGAAACGAGGACAAGGCCGUGUUCCGAAUCGGCUCUCGAGCGACUAGCAAGACCUCCUCCCCCUCCUACCUCUCCGCCACCAUGCCGCGCCAGCUCCAGCCCGAGCAGCUGCUGACGCCCGUGCCGUCCGACAUCGCCAUCAGCGACGCCAUCGCGCCGCUGCCGAUCACGCAGAUCGCCCAGGCCGCCGGAAUCCUGCCCGAAGAGGUGGUGCCCUACGGCUCCACCAAGGCCAAGAUCUCGCUGGACGUGCGCGACCGACUCAAGGGCCAGCCCAACGGCAACUAUGUCGUGGUCACGGGCAUCACCCCCACGCCGCUGGGCGAGGGCAAGAGCACCACCACUAUCGGACUGUGCCAGGCGCUGGGUGCACACCUCGACAAGAAGGCGUUCGCCUGCAUCCGUCAGCCCUCGCAGGGCCCGACGUUCGGUGUCAAGGGAGGAGCCGCUGGAGGAGGCUACGCGCAGGUCAUCCCCAUGGACGAGUUCAACCUGCACUUGACGGGAGACAUCCACGCUAUCACUGCUGCCAACAACCUGCUGGCUGCUGCCAUUGACACCCGCAUGUUCCACGAGAACGCACAGAGCGAUAAGGCUCUGUUCCGUCGUCUGUGUCCGACUGCGAAGGGCGCCUCGGGCAAGUUCUCGCCGGUCAUGCUCAAGCGCCUGCAGAAGCUGGGAAUCACCAAGGUGACGCCUGAUGAUCUCACGGACGAGGAGAUCAGCAAGUUUGCGCGCCUUGACAUUGACCCGGACACCAUCACGUGGCAGCGUGUGCUCGACACCUGCGACCGCUUCCUGCGUCAGGUGGUCGUGGGUGCUGGCCCUGCUGAAAAGGGUCAGACCCGCAAGACUGGCUUCGACAUCACGGUGGCUAGUGAGAUCAUGGCCAUCUUGGCGCUUACUACUAGCCUGCAGGACAUGCGUGAGCGUCUGGGCCGUAUCGUCAUUGGCAUGAGCCGUGGUGGCGAGCCCGUGACGGCUGACGACCUGGGAGUUGGUGGCGCGCUGGCUGUGCUCAUGAAGGAUGCGAUCCUGCCCACGCUCAUGCAGACGGUGGAGGGAACUCCCGUCUUCGUGCACGCUGGCCCGUUCGCCAACAUCGCUCACGGCAACUCCUCCAUCAUCGCCGACCAGAUUGCGCUCAAGCUUGCUGGAGAGGACGGCUUUGUGGUCACGGAGUGCGGCUUUGGUGCCGACAUCGGCAUGGAGAAGUUCUUCAACAUCAAGUGCCGCACUAGCGGUCUGACCCCGCAGUGUGUGGUGCUUGUCUCUACGAUUCGUGCGCUCAAGAUGCACGGUGGAGGCCCAAACGUGGUUGCUGGCAAGCCGCUUGACCCUGUGUACGUUGAGGAGAACCUCGAGAUGCUGGAGGUUGGCUGCGCCAACAUGCAGCACCACAUCCGCAACGCUCUGAAGUUCGGCGUGGCGGUUGUUGUGGCUGUGAACGUGUUCGCCACGGAUUCGCCUCGUGAGAUUGAGCUGGUGAAGCAGAAGGCGCUGGAGGCUGGUGCCACCGCUGCUGUGGAGAGCAACCACUGGGCGCUGGGUGGCAAGGGCGCGAAGGACUUGGGCCAAGCUGUCGUCACGUCCUGCGAGAAGAUGCGUGCUCAGGGAAGCCCGUUCAAGUUCCUGUACCCGCUCGAGUUCAGCAUCGCUGAGAAGUUCGAAGUCAUCUGCAAGGAGAUCUACGGUGCUGAUGGUGUCGAGUUCAGCGAGGAGGCCAAGAAGAAGCUUGCAGUGUACUCGGAGCGGGGAUACGGCAACUUGCCCGUGUGCUGUGCCAAGACGCACCUGAGUCUGAGCACGGACCCGACCGCGAAGGGCGUGCCCACCGGUUUCUCCGUCACGGUGCGUGACAUCCGCGCCUCUGUGGGCGCUGGCUUCGUCUACGUGCUCUGCGGAGACAUGAUGACCGUUCCUGGCCUCCCCACGCGUCCGGGCUUCUACGACGUCGACCUUGACACCGAGACUGGCAAGGUGAUCGGUCUGUUCUAA